AUGUCACUGCUCACACGGGAUUGUCAACGCCAUGAAAUUUACAAGAAUCAAUACCGGGCGAUGUUUGUAGAAAAUGUCGAAGUUGUUGACGAGCUGAUGACGCAUCAAUUCGGCGAUAGAGAUCUCUUUUAUCCAGUUCGAUGUGUCGUUUGCAAGACUUCUGUUGGAGUGGUCGAUUUGGAAGAAGUUUAUCAUUUUUUCAACGUUCUUUCGGGUUACGCU